GGAAGUCGUUAUCAAAGCCGGCUUCACGCUGCUCGUUCGCUUUAGCUGACUGGAAGAAGUGCAUUGCGCUUGCUUGAAAAUGGCUUCGUCCUUUUGGAAAGGCGUUGUUGGUUUAGGACUAUUCGCCUUGGCCCAUGCCGCUUUCUCGGCGGCGCAGCAUCGAUCAUAUAUGCGACUGACAGAAAAAGAGAAUGAAACUCUUCCAAUAGAUAUAGUAUUACAGACGUUGUUAGCAUUUGUGGUUACAUGUUGCGGAAUAGUCCACAUCUCGGGUGAGUUUAAAGACAUGGAUGCGUCUUCAGAGCUUAAACACAAGACAUUUGACACGUUGAGAAACCACCCGUCUUUCUACCUGUUUAAUCACCGAGGCAGGGUGCUCUUCAGCUCACCUGAGCCAGAGGCUCCUACUGCAACUCCUCAGGCUUUGCCCUCCAAUCCCCUGAGGUUACGCAAGCUGGAGAACUUUCACUGAGACUAGCCUUGAAAGGGGUUCCCCUUGCCUGUGUUGCCGUCUUUUUCUUCCUCUGCAUCAGUAAGCUCCUCGGUUUGGAAUGGGCAUAUAAACCAUUUUUCCUUUCACUCCUCUCUGUGCGUAUGUCAGUAUGCUGUACAAAUCUGCAUCUCAGCGUGGUUAUUACUUUGAAAAUCUAUGGACCGUGCCAAUUCCUUAUUAUUAUUAUUUUUUUCCUUUUCCAACUGAUACAUUUGUCUUAAAACGUCUGAAAGAUAUGCUGUGCUCAAUCAGGUGGCACACAGAGAACUGAGAAGCCAUCCUUUUGUUUCAUCUCCUAUACCGUUCAGUUUGCCACAUGACCUGCUGGGUCGCCAUGUUUAACAGAAUUUUUUUUUUUUUUUUUUUUUGUCCCCACAUCCUUUUCAAAGGAGGUAAUUACUAUGGACCAUUAACUUUACUUGUGUUAAGAUAUGCUAUUUAUGACUGAUGGACUACAAAAUAGAUUUUGGUAUGCAAAUAAUGCUACGGUUAGUGUAAUUACUAAAUUGAUACCUGGUAUGGGAAAUAAAGACGUCUAAUAACGCUAACAAUACUGUGAACGCGCUGUGGGAAAUGAAUGGUACACCCCCUUUUUUUUUUUGUUAGGUUUUUUUGGGGGGGUUGACGGGAGUGAUGUUUUUACCAUUUUGUUUUAUGUUACAGUGCAUUUGAUUAUUUUGAACAAUAAAAUCUGAGAUUUUAUUGAUGAA